AUGAAGGCUGCCGGUAAAAGCAUGCGGGCCCAGGAUGAGAAGCACCAGGAGACCAAGUGCCCAGAUUCCACGUCUCCUCCUCCCCCAACUCCCCAGGUCUUAGAGUCUGAGAAACCUUCAGACUGUGAGUCUCCAGCGGUGGCCACCUCAGUGGCCCCGGCCUUAAAGUCCCAGACAGUGUCUGCUGAGCAAGUGGCGGGGGCGGGGCGGCAUUACGAUGACCUGUCCUCGUCCCUUUGGGCCGAGGAAGAUAGCGAAGGGCUGGACACCAUAAACAUGUCGAAGGAUGACGCCUCCACUGAACGACCGUCCUGGGCCAACAAGAUGGAGUACUUUCUGGCCCAGGUGGCCUUCUCUGUGGGGCUCAGCACCAUCUGGCGCUUUCCUUAUCUGUGUUUUCACAAUGGAAACGGCAGUUUUCUCAUCAUCUACGUCCUCAUGCUGUUCUUGGUCGGGUUUCCUCUCCUUUUCUUGGAGAUGGCAGCGGGCCAGAGGCUGCGUCAGGGCAGCAUCGGGGUGUGGAAGGCCGUCAGCCCCUGGAUCGGUGGUGUGGGGUACAGCAGCGUUCUGGUCUGCUUGGUCAUGGGCUCCUACUACAGCGUGCUCACGGCCUGGAGUCUCUACUACCUGGUUCAGUCUUUCCAGUCUCCCCUGCCUUGGACACUGUGCCCCACGCUGGGGAACUCCAGCGAGAUCGAUCCUGAAUGCGCGCGGACAUCACCCGCCACGUACUUCUGGUACCGGCGAGUCCUGAAGGCCACAGAGGAGAUCGAGAUCGGGGGGCUCCCGGUCAGCCACCUCAGUAUGUCCCUCUUGGUGACCUGGUCAAUUAUCUGCAUCUCCAUGAUGCAAGGACCCAAGUCCACCGGGAAGAUGCUGUAUGUCGCAGUGCUCCUCCCCUACCUCAUCCUUUUCUUUCUCCUUGUCCGGAGCCUGCUACUAGAAGGUGCACAGUUCGGUCUCAAGAGUCUGUUGGCCAUGCAGGUGUCAGCCCUGUACUCUGUGGAUGUGUGGCGCCGGACAGGGAACGAGAUCUUUCUGUCCUUGGGCCCUGGCCUGGGCAGCUUCACCGCCAUCAGCUCUUACAUCCCUCGGUCCAACAACUGCGUCAUCGACGCCUUUGCUGUGGCCGUCCUGAACUUGGCCGCCUCAGUGAUCACCAUCAUGUUUGUAUUUGCCCUAAUGGGCCACCUGGCCACAAAGAACACCGUAAAGUGUUACCUGAAGAAUGCUGAGAUACUGGCGGCUCUGGUCAAGACCAGGGUCCUGCCAGCUGAGGCCAAGCCCCCAGACAGCCUGUACCACCACCCAGGCUCCAUCUACACCAAGUGGUUCGACAGCCUCCCCGACGCAGUCCGGAGAGCUGCCCUGCCCCAUUUGUCCAGCUGCAACUCGUCCAGGGAAUUGGAAGAGGUCAUGGAGGGCCCCGGGGUGGCCAUUGUGGCCUUUACCGAGAUCAUCUCUGUGUUCUCUGGAGCCACCUUCUGGGCCAUCAUCAUCUUCUUGUUGCUCUCAAACCUGGGGCUGAGCGCCAUGACAGGGAUCAUGCAGGGCAUCCUCACCCCUCUCCAGGACAUGUUCUCUUCCCUCAGGCGACACACGAAGCUGCUCACAGUGGGCGUCUGUGCGCUCAUGUUCCUGGGCAGCCUUACUUACGUGAGGCCCUCGGGCAGCUACUAUGUGAACCUGCUGGACGAUUACUGGACUUCUCUGCCCUUCCUCAUCAUCGUCAUCCUGGAGAACGUGGCCAUAGCCUGGAUCUACGGGGCCCGGAGGUUCCUAGCAGACCUGAUCGUCAUGAUGGACCGCCCGGUGUCCCCCGUCUACCGCUGGCUGUGGUGCUGCCUGACCCCCACAGUGCUGCUGGUGCUCUUCAUAGUCACGCUGCUCAACCUGUGCAGGAGCCCCAUCAGCUACUUCGGCUGGAACUCAAGCGCUUCAAACGAGCUGAAGCAGACUUACCCGCAGUGGGCUAGAUCCUUGCUCGCCCUCCUCAUCGCCCUCACGGUCCUGCCGGUCCCCGCCUACUCCCUGUACGCGCUCCUCCGGACCAGCACGGCCGCCCCCCUGAGCCACAGCCGGGACACGAACCUCUUCCGACUGGAGUUAGCAAAGAACCUACAUGGCUCGGUCCAUCGCUUCAGGAAAAGGCUCAAGAAGAGAAACAAGAGGAAUAAGUAA